AUUGUUAAUUGAAAGAAGGUUUUAAUCCAUGACUCAGACAUAACUGUGCAUAUGUAGUUGCAUUAUUGUGACUAUUUUCAGUUUUGCUGUGGAAGGAGGUGGUACACGGAAGAAUAUUCUGUUUCUGAGAGCAGUUUUAGCUUGCUUAGUCCAUACCUGGGGAAUAGACAGGUACAGAGCCUCAUUUUCAUGUCAGUCUUGUAGACAUCCAAAACUGAGUUAACAUGGAGUCAUUUAAAGCGGGUGUGAAUUGUUUGAUUCACAGGAUUCUUGCUUUAAAUUAAAAAAAAAAAAAAAGAAUUGCACGAAGAAUUCAAGCUUGGGUUUAGUUUGUGUGUUCAACAUCGCCCUGAUGAGUGGGAAGUUGUUCAGUUGGUGCUGUUUGGUUACUGGUUUUGACACUGAUGUACUUAGGGUCCACUAAAGAAAAAGCAUGCAACUUGUUUGUGGAAUACAUGCCUUGAUUGCUGAAUAUCUCCCUAUCUGCCAGUCCUGGGAGUUGUUCUACAUUGUGGCUGCCUUUCCUAGGAGACCUGACCCUGAUGUGGGAAGGGGGGUGUUGGAUAUAGCACUGUGACCCACACAGUGGCAACAGAAGGUGAAGCUUUCCUUGAUGGAUGACAGUCACAAGAAGCAGGACUGAAUGUAAAAGGGCCAAACCAUGAGAUAGUCUGAAGUGUCAAUCCUGUAAGAUGUGGGAAUUUUGAAGAUAGGUGUCCUAUUUUCUUGCACCUGUACAGUUGGAGAGCUACAUACUGGGAUAUUUUCAGGUAUUCAUCACUCUUAAGACAGCACGUCUUGUUUCCCUGGAUUUUACUUUCAUCUGAAGAUUGGCUAAAUGCAGAACCUGAUGGAUGGCAAAAGCUACUGUAACCUCAUCUGUGCUGAGGCUGCUCAGCACUUACAGCUGGCAAGGCCUUUCUGUGCAGACUCACUGGUCACGUUUCACGUGUACCCAGAAACACCAAACCAGGUCUCUUUGUCUGAAGAUUUGUCAUUCCUUCCUUUCAUGUCAGAGCAUCUCAUCACGGAAACCUUCUACAGUGAUCCCUGCCCCUUUCCAUACCAAAUGCCCCAUUCCAGUCUCCACAAAAGUGAGUACUCCUAUGGGUCAGCUUUCAUCAGGAAGAGGAAUGAGAGGGAAAGGCAGCGUGUUAAGUGUGUCAAUGAAGGCUACGCCAAGCUGAGGCACCACCUGCCCAAGGAAUACUUGGAGAAACGGCUCAGCAAAGUGGAGACCCUCCGUGCCGCUAUAAAAUACAUUAGGUACCUGCAGUCUGUGCUGUGCACUGACUCUGUGGUGGCAGGGAAAGGUGUCACAGAGCCAAACCAAGCACCUAGAGCCACUAACAAAUCCAGUUCUUGAAGACUAUCUGAAAUGUUCCAAAGCCAGCCCAAGGUGUCCUGUCUGGGAAUGUAGUAGCCACUGUGUUAAUGACGUGUGUGUUCCUGGCACUUCUUAGGAGCAGAUCGUGGCACACGUCAGCGUUAGCCCACACAAGAGCUUUAACGUUGCAGAUAGUAACUACACUUGGUUAUGAGAGAGACAACUGGGAAAAUCUCGGCUGAAUGACCUAAGUUAAUUCAUGAAAAUCAGAACACAUUUCUAAAUUUGUCACCAAGCUAAAAAUGUAACACCUAUAUAUGUGUGAAGUAACUGUAUGUAUCAUCACAACCUGCACGCUUUAAAAUAAAAUCUUUCUACUUCCGUGACUGAGA